UUAAAUCCCCAGCGCUUGGAGAGCGCAGACUGCGCAGAUGGAGGCCGAGAGGGCAGUCGGCAGCACCUCGGUGCGCUCACGCCCUCUGCACAACUCCAUCACAUGGACGGACGCACGUUGGAGAGACGCUCCUCAUUAACUUCAGAGCUGCAGCAUGUCAGCACGAACACGCUGAUUAUCUCACGCUGCCAUCUCUCUCCGCUGCGCUCCAGUCGCGCAUGAAGUGAAACUGCGCUCUGUGCGCGAUGGAGGCCGUGGCUCUUUUCUCCUUCGCGGCAUCAGAGGCAGACGAGAUCGCCUUCCAGAAAGGAGACAUCAUCAAGGUGAUAGAAAUGGACGAGGACUCUUGCUGGUUCACUGCUGAGAUUGAGGGGAAGCGCGGAUUCGUACCUGAGAACUACAUCUCCCUUCGUCCUCAUCCCUGGUUUGCAGGAGCGAUAUCCAGACUGGAGGCUGAGCAGCGGCUGCGCUGGCAGGACACCGGGGUGUUCCUGGUGAGGGAGAGUGAAUCAGCUCCAGGAGAGUUUUCUCUCUCUGUGAGCUACGGCGACAGGGUGGAGCACUUCAGGGUGCUGGAGGGCGGUGGUCAGUACUACAUCUGGGAUAAGGCCUUCUGCUCGCUGAACCGCCUGGUGGAGUUCUACAGAGCCCACAGCAUCGCCGUGGAGAAGGUGGUACGCCUCAGGGAUUUCCCCUCAUCCCCGCGCUCGCAUCCCGGACGCAACCCCUAUCCCAACCCGUAUAAAAGCAGCUCCCUGGAGUCGAUCCCCUCCGCCCACCUGCGCUCUAACCCUCCCCUGAGAGAGCGUCAGACCUCGGCGCACUCACUGAAACCAGUUCUAGAGCGCAAGCCUCGGGUGGCUCGUGCUCUCUGCGACUACACCCCCUCCCAGACCUCCCACCUCCACUUCCAGCGCAAUGAAAUCAUCGACCUGCUGGACUGUUCGAGCUCCCUCAGCUGGAGGGGGCGCUGUCGGGGCCGAGUCGGCAUCUUCCCUCCAGAGUUUGUCCAACCGCUGCACCAUUAAUCCAUAGCAGAAGUUCAGUGUUUUAAUUAAUGUCUGAGUCAACCCACCUUUGAUACUUGUAACGGUAUGGAAAUCACGGCUCUGUGGGAUUCAGGUUUAGACAACGAGACGGGCAUGGAAGAUGGUUGUUUUGGUGUCUGGUGAACCAUUUCCCAUUAUUUGGCCAUAUGCUGUUGAAAGACCCAAUGAUGACCCAUUUUCAGAUUUCAGAUUUCCAUAAUCUAGCAGUAAUAAUAAUAUUAACCAUCUUUAUUUUUUUUCAUUGCAACAUACAUUCCAGUGGUAUCCUCUGCAUAUAAUCCAUCCCUCAGGGAGCAGUGGGCUGCCACUGUGCGGCGCCUGGAGAGCAUUCUGUAAGCGUCUUGCUCAGGCUCCCAGAGUGGCAGUCUGUGGGAUUCGAACCGAGGAACCUUGUAGCCUCCUCAGAAUGCAAGCACCCUGCUCACCGGGCCACCAAUCCUUAAAGAGAUCACAAUGCCAUCCUUUCCAACGCGGUUUCCUCGCUUCUCCAUCUGCUCUUUGUUUCAUGCCAGACUUAAAUCCAUGUUUAUAAAGCCAUCAGAUUCUGUUGUUUUAUCCAUGUUUAAACAUCCAUCAAUACCUUUUAGAUAUUUGUUUUUUUUUUGCUCAAUGAACAAUUUAGAGAUAUCCAUUUGGUUUCUGGGUGUUGAUGAAACAUGUCAGUUAAUCAUAAGAAUGAGAUUUACCUCAACUAUGAUCAUCAACUGUUAAAUAAAUCAAACUGUUGCAGCUUUAGUGUGAACCUUUGUAGCAUGUUUAAAAUAAAUAAAAACAAUCCGA